UGUUGGUCUGCUUUGUGAGUGAGUUGAAGCGUUUUGUUUUUCCUCUGGCGAGUCUUGUGAAAAUUUCGUAAUAAUAUCGGUUGAUAAAUAUUUAACUGACUUGUGAAGAGAGAAAAAUGCUGAACUAUAACCAAAAAUAGCAAUAAAAAGUUGAUCUUAAUUUAAAAAUAUUCCACGACGUGACUCUAAAAACAAACAAAGAUAUGCGGAAGCUAAAAACAAAGUGUUAAGCAAAAGAGAGACAAAGAGAGAGUGUGUCGCGAUAAGCGGGAGAGCCAGAGAAGAAGAGAGAGCUAGUUGUUGAUUAAAAUGUGUGUCAAAAAAAGACAACAAACCGAUGGAAAAAACAGUUGUUUUUGAUAAUAAGUCAUGGGAAGCGGCACGUGUGUUUCGGGUCUCUUAAAUUAAAUAUAUCUAUAAUAUACAAAUCUAAUUUUGGAUAUAUGCUCAUCCAAGCCACUUAGUUUUUAAACAACAAAAUAGAAACCCAAACAAAAGAAAAGACAAAUCGACAAGUAAAUGUGAAAUUCGCUCGAAAAUCGCACUUGUCACCACUUCUUAACUCUACGCUAAUCCCAAAGGUACAGAUCAAAUAUAGGAAAGAUACAGAUACAUAAACCCGCAAAAUGCACGGAGUGAAGAGGGUGCUGAUCUUCUGCCUGAUGAUUGUGAUACUGCCGGCCAUACUCAUCAUAAUGCCACUGCACCUGCGAAAGACCGUGUUUGCGGAUGUCAUCUAUCCCAUGGCCGAGUCCGAUAUCAUUGAGAUUCGUGCAGGAAUCUCGUCUAUCUUCUGCGCAAAGCACACCCUGCGAAUGAAUUCCAAUUUCAAUGCCUUUCAACUUCGGAAUAAGCCAGAGAUCGCAACAAAUCGCAAACAUAUUAGGCUAAAGAAGUCUAUGAUACUGCCGGAUGAUACCCUGGAAUAUUGGGGCUUCUUUUUACUAAAAGGUGCCAGAGUCCAGGUGAAGUUCUGUUCCCGCUAUUAUGGAUCACGAAUCCUGAUCGUCCAUGGUCACAGGGAGCUAAAUCUCUGCGGUCUAACCGAUCAUAAUAAGAACAAGGUGGACGCCAAAGGUUAUGCCAAAGGUCAUGACCAGGUUCAAGUAUUCUUCGAAGACAAUGUAGAGAUCACAGAGGAAAAGUAUAACCAGGAUCGGUUAAUGGAGCAUGAGAAUCAUGGUGGCGAGGACCUGAGCGACGAUGGGCCACAGUUGCAACCCAAAAUGAUAAAAAAGAAACUACAGAAUGGCAAAUUUCAUGGUGAUUCCAGUCUAUAUGCACUUACAGACUUGCAAGGAUCACAUCACACCGAGCACAUAUUAAAUCAUAAUAAUCACAGCUCAAAUUCUUCUGGUCACCAUCAUCAUCAUAAUCACUCCUUGACUGAUGCCCCCUAUCUUCAAGAUCAAAGUUCGAAUAUCACAAUUGAUGAGUUCAGAGGACCCAAUUCAAAUACGAGUGAGAUUCAUCAUAACUCAAAUAGUGCACCCCACAAGGAACGGCUGAAGAGGCAUAAUAAGGGAACCCAUAGACAUCAGAAGAGGCAGGAACUCUACGAGACACUUUAUAAGAGAUCAAAACGUGAGAACGUCUAUGAUCGGAAGACCAUCCAUGGCGGUAACGCCGCGAACUUUACCCAAAUCGACGAAUCAAAUUCAGUGUCCAGUUUUGAGACAGGACUUCUUGGUUGCUUUCAUGGAAUGAUACUUCUGCAGGAGUCCUUCAAUCCAAAAAAUGAAUGCUCAAAUCCCCAUACAAUGGAGAGUUCAUCCAACAUGAGUUCAUUUUUGGUGCACAAUGUGAUCGAGGAUGGUUACUACUACUAUAUCUUCUACAGUGACAAUGAUGAAUAUAGAAACGAGAUACAUGCCAUAUUCGACUUAUACAAACCGACGUAUCAGUACUCAAACAUGAGCGACACCCAAAGCUGUAUGAAUACCACAAAUUGUACUUUCAACAUUAGUUUCCUUUCGGACGAGAUCGUCGUAGUGGAGGUACCCACACGGGAUGGCAUUGAGCACGAGGCGGAUGAUAUAACGAAUCUGAUAUCAACGUGUCAUCCUCGCAGCGAGAUAUAUGCCAUAUUUCCCAUCACUGUGCUAGUCCUGAUCCUGUGCUGCUCCUUCCUGUAGUCCUCUCUUCAAUCCAAUAAUAUUAUUAGAUACUAUUGUGAUACUCAUUGUGAGGUAACGACUACUACUGAGUGAUAAACUCGCAAUGUGAGUAAGAAUGUCUGGCCCCCAAAACCUAGAGCUUUUCGAGUAGCCAUUAUGGCUAUAUCCAAUAUCGAUUAUAUAUACACACACACGGAAUGAACAGUCUGAACAAUUCGUUAUCAAUAUUCGUAGUCUGUAAUAUCAAUGUAGAUAGCCUAAGAUGCAAGCAUUUUAAAAGUCUAUGGUUUAUUUUGUGAAUGUUAGGCUUAAGGAUAUAUAUAAAUUGUAUAUUGUGUACAAAUAAUUGUAGAUAACGAGUAGUUUUAAGAGUAAGCAAUAGUACUUAACAAUAAUUCUCAUUUAUAAUGUGGAAAUUAGCGACUUCUGUUGAUAAGGUCAAGCUAAAAGUUAAGUUAAAUCCAAUUUAAAAGACAUUUCUUACUGAGACAUUUCAUUUAUGUUUAACUUUAGUUUCAGAGUUUUAGUUUUGAAUAAAAACAACUUCAAAGAACGUAAA